AUGAAUUUACGCGCUCUUUUGUUGGUUUCAAUUCAAAUUUUCUUUGUUGACAGCGUCCGGAAAGGACCAUCGCCUGCGACCAUUCUGGAUUGCUCGAGACCGAAUUCCAAUGGUUUGUACGUGCGUGGUUGCUCCUCCAAAUUCAUGCGUUGCUAUAAUGGCAAGCAGUACGACUAUACUUGUCCUAAGAAACUCAAAUUUAACGUCGAAACUGCAAAAUGUGAACAACGACGACAAGUCAUCGCUUGCAUCAAUAACAUGGACGACAAUCAAGUGGUCGUGAAGGCUGAUGAGCCGUUUGACUGUUCCAAGAAAAAGGAUGGCGUUUACGGGAGUGGAAAAUGCUCCACCACCUAUUAUCACUGCUCGCGCGGUCAUUCAUCCGAGAUGCUCUGUCCAGCUGGCUUGUACUACAAUGACAAACUGAAGGGCUGUGAUGAUGUGGACAGUGUGGAUGAAUGUGACGUUCUCACCGCACUACGGGGAAAAUACAUCGAACGAAAUCUGAGAUAUGGUGGUGGUGGUGGCGGUGGAAUGCUUGGUGGAGGUGGUGUCUUUGGUGGUGGUACACGUAUUAUGUCACUCAACAGAGCAAAAGGCAGGGGUCACCGUGGUGGCAAAAAUCGACGCACACGACAUGCCUUGUAA